GUCCACUCAGUGGCUCUGCUCGCCUUUCUGGAUGGUCUGCUGUUAACUAAUAAUGACGUAAUAAUGGCUCUGAGUGAAAAUUUUGUCGGCGACUCAGAAGACUAUUCUGUCGUUGGAAUUCAUGUUCAGCGGUAACAGACUUCCACAUGUCCUUUGAACUUGAAAUGAAUGGGAUGGUGAGCAUUGCUGCUGAGAAGGUCAGCAUCAGUGUGGUGUCAGAUUUGUCUCCAGAAGUCCAGUGCUACAGUCAGAUGUCUCAUACUCCUAGAAAGGUAGCUACUUUUGGGAAGCGCAACAAUUCUAUCCGUCGGAAUUCCACAGCAGAGGUUGCCAAACAAGGAUGGAUGUACAAACAGGCCAGCAGUGGACUGAAGCAGUGGAACAAGAGGUGGUUUGUCCUCGCUGACAGGUGUCUCUUCUAUUACAAAGAUGACAAAGAGGAUACAGUGUUGGGGAGUUUGCCUCUGCUCAGUUACCAGAUCAGAGGAGUAGAGCCUUCAGAAAACAUCACCCGCCAGUUUGCCUUUAAGGUGUGGUUGAAGGAGGAAGAGGAGGAAGGUGAAGAUACCAAUUUGAAGGGUUCCUUUGUAUUUUGCAUGCAGGUGGAGCAUGCUGGUACCAGGACAUACUAUUUCAGCACAGACAGCCAUGCAGAACAGGAAGAGUGGAUCAGAGCCAUGAGCGAGGCUGCUUUGGUCAAUAAUCAGCCAGUAAACAGAGCAAAUGCGGACAACACAGCUGUUCUCAACAACACCAUGGUGACGAAGACAUCUUAUUCACAAACACAACAGACAACAAACAAAGAACAACAAACACAGAAUGAAACUGAUGCUAACCUGCCCCUCAACUCAUAUAUCAAUAUCAAUGGGACUGACAACCUUGGAAUACCUCCAUCCUCAAACCCUUGCUCUGAUCAGGAAGAAAAAAUGAAUGAUGGAAUGCAAAGAAAAAGUUCAGAAGAUGAAGGUGGUAGAACAAGCCCUCUCAGUACCAUACCCCUCAACAGCAGUAGCAAACUUCCUCUAUCCAGGAAUCACAGUGGAUAUCACCACACUGAAGGAAACCAAGAGUCAGGUGUUGGCAUCUCAUAUGACCCUAAGAAACAGCAGGAGAAUGUGGUGCUGAGGAGGGGUUUUGUGCCAAGGACAGCUCCAGAGAGGGUGGCCCAAAGAAAGAGCUCCAUGGCUCAGUUGCAACAGUGGGUCAACCAGCGGCGGGGCAUGGCCUCGCAAGAGGACAUCAACAGACCAUCCUCUUAUUAUCCAGUGAACCAAGAGGUCUCAGCUGACUACAAUAGCUAUUCUGGUGGCCACCACUUUGUGAACGAAUACCCUCUGUACCUACCAGGGAUCCGACCAGACAGCAUCUGCUCUAUGUCUGCUGUGGGUGCACAUGACAGACACUGGACUAUUGAGCAAAAGCGACAUUCUCUAAGGGAUGGACCCCAUCAGCUGUAUGGACAACAGAUGCCCCAAGACCAACGAGGCUCACCGUACUAUGGUGGAAUGGAAACAUCAAUGAGACGCCUCUCCAUUCAACCACGUUCCAGGUCUGUGCCCAGAUCACCGUCCUUGUCAUCAGGGCGGCCCUACUCACCAGCACCAUGCAACUAUGCCUCACCUGGUCGAUCACCAUCCAGUUGCUUUGACCAGUUUUCUGGGAAGCUGAGGGAAGAUGCAAUCUAUCCACCAGUUUACAGCCUAAGAAGAUCUUUUAGCUCCCCAAAGUACCACUACCCUGGUGAUAGGAAGUCAUUAAGCCAAGGAUUAUACUACAACAGCUACCCUGAAUCCCCUUCUGUCUACAGUAAGAUGGAGGAUAUAUUAGAUUUUCAGCUCCAGUGCAACCUGGAUUACCUAGAUCAACAGGUGCCUCCUUUCCAUGAUGUAUACAGCAGAGAGCUGCAUCCUACACUGAAACUCAAUGAGAUCGAAACCAGUAAGCUCUUGGGGCGACUAUGUGAGCAGAACCAAAUUUUGAAAGACCAUGAGGCAGUUGUCCACAGAUUAAGAAUAGAGAAGGACAGCCUAGAGGAAGCACUGUUGGCAACUCAUCAGGAGAUGGAGCUAUACCAUAACCAGCCGUUAAUCAUUCAAAAGCUGCAGUUCACAAAGGAAACCCAGCAGAACCAGCUGAUUAACAUCAGAGGGGAGCUCUCCCAGGCUUCCAGUGCUUUAACCACUGUUUGUAUGGAGUUUGAAGCUUUAGAGGAUGAGGCCAAUGCCAUCCAUGGAGAUCUAUGGGAGCAGCUUAAUGCAGGAGGGCAGAGUGAAUUAGUUCAGAGGCACAUCCAGAAAGAGUUUUGGAGAGUCCAGGACGUAUUAGAGGGUCUGCACAAAAACAGCUCAUCCAGAGGCAUCAACACAGCCAAGCACAAAGUGGCCAGUGGUGCAUCAGGCUCCUUUAGCACCAAUAGUCCAGCCAGUCCCCUCAGCUCAGUAAGCCUAACCAGCCCACUCAGUCCCUACUCCCCAGUGCCUGUUUACCAGGCCUCUCCCACUAAACAGUUGGUCCUGGAGGAAGGCGUUCCCCCUAGGCCUCCUCUUCCCAAGUCCUAUUACCCAUUGGAUCCCUCUAAUUCCUUUCCUCCCUCCAUCCUUCCUCUGUCUUCUGACACCACCAACUGGUUAUACACCUUGGGCAUCGAUGGUGGUUACCUUGAAGAUUCUAACUUCAGAAAGCCCAAGAUUGGAGAACUAAACAAUAUCAGUGAUGAUCAAGAGUGGGUCCAGAACAGGCAAUCUACCAUGAAUAAAGUUGGCAUAAUCCCUCCUAGAACCAAAUCCCCCACUGAUGAAUUGCAGAGGAGCUUUGCUGAAGUAAACAGCAGAGUGCCUAAUGGAAUCUCCAGGGAACGGCCCAAAAGUGCAGUGUUUCCUGUAGAAAUUAAGUUAAAGAUGAGUGUGGAGGAGCAGAAUGAGCGACUUCGUCGCAACCAGAGCAGCUCUGUGAAGGACAAAAGGCGAAGUCUAAACCUGUCAGGAGGACAGUCUCCAGCCACUUACAAAGUGGUUCGUAGGCAGCUGACAGCACAUGAGAUUGACAUCAAGGACUUAGAAAAGGCAGUACGAGGGCAGGGACAGGAGUCACCAGAGGAAGAAAUUGCUCGUCUGAGACGCCUGCAGAUGGAACCAGAACACGACCACAUCAGCAAAGAGCUCAUGGCUUCUGACAAGGUUCUGAUCCCUGAGCGCUACCUGGAUAUGGAGGAUGACACUCCUUUGAGCCCAGAGGAGCAGAAGGAGAAGGAGAAGAAACUGGAUCGAAUCAAGACCCUCAUUGCCAAAUCAAAUCUGCAGAAUAUGGUUCCUCUUCUAGAUGGUGCAGUGGAGGGUGGAGCUCCAGCUAGCUCCCAACAACAGUUGCAGGAGCAGGAAAAGCGGAUUGAGAUCUCCUGUGCUCUGGCUGCUGAGGCCUCUCGUCGGAGUCGCCUUCUCUCUGCUCAGUGCACCUCCAGUUCAUUCAUGUCCUCAACAAACCUGGUUUCUUCUCCUUCCUCUGCUGAUUUUCCCAAUUCCACCCACACCAUGAAGGUGUGAUUCUCAAGUUGGCUGCUGUUAAGUUUGAUGGAGCAUCUUUCUGAGGAUUGACUUGAAAACCUAGAACGCCUUGAGAAAACGGACUAAGGUUUUAGUAGCAAAUCCUUUGCAAAAAAUGUGUUUAAAUUUUUCAAAUUACGUUUCUGGGAGGCAAGAGCAACUUAAAAAUCCAAAUGAAUGCUGGCAAGACUUGUGAUCUCCUGGGUCCAAACUCUCAAUUUAUCCUCACCACCUGCUAUAAAUGCCCUGUAUCACAACGAAACACUUCAGAUUUCUUACCAUAGGUCUUUAUAAAUUUGCUCAGGACAUAUUCUACAAAGUAGAGAUUACUGAUAACGAAACACUGCAUAUUAGAGGCUCAUGCUGAAGAUGAACAAUGAAAAGAGCUACAGAGAAUAUCAACAGAAAAUAUUUGCGACGAUGUGACAUAAAUCUCAAUGACUCUAAAGAUGGCUCUGGACCCUGAAAGCAACAGGAGGAUUUUCAGUCUCUAACAAUUUCAGCUGUACAGAAGUAAGGGAUGGGGCUUUGAGACAGGUUGUGGAUAUUUUCUCAUACUGACCUAUUCUGAAAUGAAUGGAGCCUCUCAUUCUUUGUAAAAUUCCGAGUUUCUUUCUGAAUUCACUGUGAAUGGUAUCCCUUACAAUACUCUUGUUCUUGUCUGCUAUCAGUUAUACUUGUAUGCAAUUAUGAGCAAUACAUGUUUCACUGGUGAAAUGUCAUCUGCAUUGGGUUUCACUUUAGUGCAUCAACUCACUUUCAGCAUUACACAAGUCUUGUAACCCAAUCACAUAUUCUUAAGGUGGUAUGAUGUGCUAAAUGCAACUUAAAAACAGAAUGCAGUUAUUUACAAAUAAUUACAUUUAGUGAACAUAGUACAAAGAAAACUUAGGAAACAAAUUACAUGUUUUUCUAAUAGAUGCACCAAAGUUUGGUGUUUCCUUUGUGGUGUGUCUCAUUUCAUAAUGCACAAAAUGUUUACAGUGGACUGUAGACUUACAUACCUGGAUGGCAGGCAUGCCAUUUUAGCAUCCAGACUACUAAGCCAUGCUGUUGAAAUCCAUGGAUUUUUCAGUGUCUUGCAGAAAGAAGAUGUAUGGUUUAGAGCAUGUUGCUUCAAAACCUGUACACAUAUUGUAGAACAUAAGUAAAUGGUGCCUUCACAGAUGUUCAAGUUACUUAUACCAUUUGUACACCGUCAUAUCAUUAAUGAUGCUGGCUUUGAAACUGUGCACCAGUUACAAUUUCUUUAAAACAUGUUUCUGCUUUAUUUCCACAUUUGUGUAUGUUGUAUAAGUGCUUUGAGUGCUCAGACAGAGUAGAAAAGCGCUAUAUAAGAACUAGUCCAUUUACCAUUUACAUUUGUAAUGAAGCAACAGCAUGUUGGUGUUUAUUGUACUAUUGGAGCUUAAAUUAACUUUUAUUUUUAAUUUACAUUUUAUACAGCCUAUCAAGCUUUUUCUGGAAACAGUUGAACACAGAUGUGGUCCAGUCAGUCAUGUAGCCUGUAUGAUCUUACAUGUUUGAUUGCAGUCUGAGCAAAAUAUCUGAGAUAUUGUAUAUUGAAACAGGCAUCAUUAUAUCCUCUCUCUACAAUCAGUACUGUACUGAAAUAUUUGAGGGUGGUUAGAAAGUCAUGUAGCUGUGCCACACAAUCUGGUAGAAACUCAAGACAAGUUGAAUUUUUUUUUGUCUCCAUGCCCUUGUUCAGUUUGAAAUGUCCAAUCCAGAGCUACCACACAGGAAUACAGGAACUUUCCCUUAGUGACUGUGGGUCACAGCUUGUAUUACCUAAAGAGACAAACAAUGUGUGUUUAAGUUAUCAUACCUUAAAGAAAGUGAAGACAUUGUGAAGACAUUGACACAAUCCCUACUGGCAUCUUAUCUGAUGCCAGUAGGGAUCUUAUCUGAGGCAACAACAAAGCCUUAAAGAGAACAGAUAAUGUUCAAGGAUUAAAGGUGGAUACAAGUAUGGGAAGCCAGGUCUACUUCUUGAGACAGUUUGAUUUUUUCACAUUAUGGUUAGAAUUGGCAAAGACUUUCUCUAACCACCCAGGUGCUGAACAAAAAUGCUGGUCAUCUGAGGAAGAAAAAUUAACACAGUGAAUAUGAAAAUGUUCAUGUUAGCCUCUAGUAAGGGAACAUGUUACUAUUGAACACAUUGUUGCUCAUUGCUUUACAAAUGUCCUUAAAAUGUUCUGGCAUCAAAUGUUGACACUGAACAUGAACAUAAAUUUUAAGGGACAUGAUUACCUCACCACUGGCACCUAUUGAAUUUGUUUAAAUCCCUUUGCACUUAAAUUCAAUGGAGUUCCUCAUAGAAUCUACCAAGAGAUUGUCUGGACAUUUAUAAGGAAAUUAUGUUGAGUAUGCUUUUAUGAAAGAUAUGCUGUUUGUGCAAAGGGAAAGCAGAAGUGACCUUAGAAGAGGAGUUUCUUAAAGAUGUUAUCUUUUGUGUGGCAUUAUAUACUGGAAAAUACUGUAAUUUCAUGCAAUAAUACAGUGUCUUUACUUGUAUUUAAUGAACAUUCUGUGUAAUAUGUUAAAAAAACAAAAAGUAAAGGUAAAGUCAUGGUAAAAAAAAAAAGCAAACAAAUUGUAAGGUUUUACGUAUGUCAACAACAACAACAAAUCUGGUCCUUAGCAGGUCUUAAAAUUAAAUAAAUACAAUUUCACAUGAACUACAAAAACAUGACAUAUUGAACCAUGUUGUUAUUUAUUAAACAGAAAAUUAAGCCAAAAUGUAGAAGCAGUGUAUAAAAAAGUAUACCUUUUUUGUUUCCAUAGGGAUUAAGAAGGUAAGUAGCAGUUAGGUGCUGAUAAUCAAAUUACUUGAUUAAGUGAUCAUCAACAAGUGUGAGCACCUCUAUAAAAGCAGAAGUUUUGGCAGUUUGCAGAUCUGGAGCAUUCAGGAGUGUGUUAACAAUGCCAUAGAAGAAAGACAUCAGCAAUGAUCUCAGAAAAGUAAAUGUCGCUGCCCAUCAAUUUUCAAACAAUUUGAAGUCAAUCAUUCUACAGUGGGAAACACUUGUGAAUAACAACAUUACAUAUAGAAAGAAAUCAAUAAUAUUUUUUUAUUCUAAUGGCAAAGUUGUACAAAGGCUCUUUGAUAAUUAUCAACAUUUACAAGCGUGACCUGCAGCUAGGGGUAUUAUGAUGAUAAAUAUUUUUCAGGACAGCGGGAACUACAUGUCCCUUUAAUAUCUAACAAACAAAAGAUUAUAUUCCUUAAAAUGAAUUAAUUUUUUUCAAAGUUAGCAAAUCACCAGACUUAUUGGCGGUGCAAAUUUUCCAAAUACUUUGGAGACUUUAGAUUGCUUUAGAAAGCAAAAUUAACACCAGGCCCUAGAGGACACCUACCUUUUGGAACACAGAUUGAAAUUUUUAGGAUUUGACAAGACUGAUAAAUGUGCAUUUACUUUUUACAUGCAAACAAUCUGUUAUUUAUGCGUCUCUGUGCCCAACACAUUAUGAUAUUUAAGUAUGAACAAAUGAACCAACAAUUGGGAAUUAGCCACUAAUUAAACUGAAUGAGCAUACAGCUUGUUGAAGCAUGCAGCUUACAGCGUGCUUUAACACACUAAGUAGAUUUUGCUAUUGUCUGGAUUGCAGGGAUCAAAACUUUUUUUUUUUUUUUCUGAACUAUUCCAUUUUUAAG